GCUAUGAAAGUCCUCUCCAAAAAGAAGCUCUUGAAGCAGUAUGGAUUUCCACGUCGGCCUCCUCCCAGAGGGUCAAAAGCAUCCUCCGGAGAGCAGCCAAAACCCAUGGCACCACUGGACAGAGUCUAUCAGGAAAUAGCCAUCUUAAAGAAACUGGACCAUGUCAACAUUGUUAAGCUGAUAGAGGUCCUUGAUGAUCCUGCAGAAGACAACUUGUACAUGGUGUUCGACCUCAUGAGGAAAGGGCCUGUCAUGGAGGUACCCAGUGACCAGCCCUUCAGUGAGGAGCAGGCUCGGCUCUACUUCCGAGAUGUUGUCUUGGGCAUCGAAUACUUGCACUACCAGAAGAUCAUUCACCGGGACAUCAAGCCUUCCAACUUGCUCUUAGGAGAUGAUGGGCACGUCAAAAUCGCUGAUUUUGGAGUCAGCAAUCAAUUUGAAGGGAACGAUGCCCAGCUUUCCAGCACAGCAGGGACACCAGCCUUCAUGGCACCGGAGGCCAUUUCAGACACUGGCAAAAGUUUCAGUGGAAAGGCGCUUGAUGUAUGGGCCAUGGGAAUUACCCUGUACUGCUUUGUUUACGGGAAGUGCCCUUUUAUAGAUGAAUACAUUCUGGGUCUUCAUAACAGAAUCAAGAACAAGCCUGUAGAAUUCCCAGACGA